UGUCCUCUAGGACGUACCCAGAAGGCAGCGCUUUGCUCCCGGGUCAAAAUGGCGUCAAGGCCUGCUGAGUGUAAGUGAAUUGGAGCAACUAACUGUGAUAAUUACCAGUUGCAGCAUCAGGCCGGUGGCUGGAAGGUAUUCGAAAAUGGUAUUAUAAUGCUGCAGGAUUCAAUAAACUAGGGUUAAUGCGAGAUGAUACGAUAUAUGAGGAUGAAGAUGUAAAAGAAGCCAUAAGAAGGCUUCCUGAGAACCUUUAUAAUGACAGGAUGUUUCGCAUUAAGAGAGCACUGGACCUGACCAUGAGGCAACAGAUCUUGCCUAAAGAGCAGUGGACAAAAUAUGAGGAGGAUAAAUUCUAUCUUGAACCAUAUCUCAAAGAGGUUAUUCGGGAAAGAAAAGAAAGAGAAGAAUGGGAAAAGAAGUGAUCGUGUAGUUGAAAUCUGUGGAAACAGUUGUCCUCAUAUUUAUGAAGUCGGUUAAAUCUGAAACAUACAAUUUAAAAAUUAUUUCAUCUGCAUAUAUGUUACUUUAAAUAAAUGUCUAUCAUAAUAAUUA